AUGAGCUACCAUGCCGAUACAAAGCUUUCACUGAACACUUCUUGCCUGCAACCAUCUCAACGAGGAGAGGAGACCCGCCCAAGCGGAAGGCGACGAGCAACUUCAAAUUUUUCUUCAUUUUCUUCAUCUUUCUUCACCAGCUCGUCGCGCCCAGCUUCUAUUGUUUCUAUCUCCACACCGCAGGCUCCAGGACACGUUCCACUCGGCCCCAUCGACUCUGAAAUCAUUCCACCACCUCUCGAAGUUUCACCCGACGCAGACCUAGCCAUGUACAAGGUUCCUGGCCAGAACGUUUAUUUCAUCCCCUUUGGAAGUUCGCCCGUGGGCGUCACACCCUCACCAACUCAUGCGCCCUAUGGCGGCGUUAUGCCCUCCCAACAAUUUUAUGCAGACGCAUCUUCCUCGCGUGGACAACGGUUCGUCAUGCCUCGCGCCUCAUACGACACCGAGUCGGAGGAAGACGCAAUGAUGAUGGAUCCGCAUGCAUAUGCAUCUGACACUGGAGACAGACGAACCCGACGUGUCAGCAGGUCGUUUUUCAGCCCAGUUGACGCGGAACCGACCAGUGCCUUCCACGGUAUCGAAAGUCGUGUGUACACAAAGAUGGACUCCCGACACCGGCCGCCACCGUGUGUGUCUCCUGCCAGCAGCUCGGCUACAGAUGAUUCUGGUCGCUCGUCUUCGUAUGGAAGCACUGGAUCUGGUCACAGCGUACGAUGGCAUGACGAUCUCGUCCAACCCACUCCACCGCCCAACAAGCCACGACCGAAAGGCUUCAACCGCAGGGGUGACCAACUAUGGACAAACGCCGGUCACUACAAACCGGCCGUCGAGGAGUAUCCUCCCUAUCUUCGGGACUAUCCCGAUGUCGGAGAAGGCUGGAUGAAUGAGCAUGGUGUCAGGAUUAGCAUGUCUCAUCGCCGCAUUCCCGACCCCCCACCGAGGCCGCUCAAGGGUGUCCUCAAGAACAACGUCACAAUUGGUUUCUAA